AUGUCCAUCGCAGCGCCCUCCGUCGCAGCACCCUCGUCGCAGCACCCUCCGUCGCAGCACCCUCCGUCGCAGCACCCUCCAUCGCAACACCACUUCGUUCUCUCCACCGCUCCGCUACUUUCCCAACGUCCCAGUGCGUCCUCGGCUCCCCCCUCGCAAGUUCCAAUCCCAUGCCAUUCCGAUGAUCUGUUUGCUCCACUACCCUCCCCGUCUCCCGUCUCUCGCUCUCCGCCCAAGUCGGAUUUGCCUAACUCGUCGCCUCCUUCUUCCACGCCUUCGGGCCCUCGUCCGCAUUCUCCUGACCCGCUCAUCGCCCAUCUAUCCGAUCUGCCGUCUCCUGACGACGCAGAAGACGACGCAGCCGACGAGGACGAUCCGGCACCGGUCGUCUUACCUGGCGUCGACACGGUGGUCACGCCUGACUUCCAACGCUGGGGGAUUGUCGUCAACACCACCCACGACGUCGUAAUCUGCGUUAGCUGCCACAAAACCAUCCUCAGAGGUUCCGUCUUCACGCACCUGAAGUCCCACGGAAUCUUUGACAUCCAUGCGCGAGAUGUCACCGAGGCCUUGCAUCCGUACCAUACGAAAAGUGCCCGCGCCGCCAUCGUCCCUGUCAUUCCCGCAGGCGCCUCUACCAUCCCUGCGGUCUUCGGCCUCAACGUCCUCGAGGACUGUGCUUUCUGUUCCGUUUGCCAUCGAGGGUAUGGCUCUGUCGAGUCUCUGAGGAAGAACCAUUUCGCCGUCUCGAAAUGCAACCCUAGUCGUCACUUUCACGAAGGCCCUGGCCAAACGUUUUUCACCAACAACUGUCGCCGAGUCUUCCCAGUCGUUCUUCCCGAUCCUGUCCCUGCAACGUCCUCAAUCAGUCUCUUCGAUUCCUUUCUACGCACCAUGGAACCUUCCGAUCCCGCUCUGGAAGCGCUUUCCGAGCCUGCUAAUAACCGUUCCCUCAGCCGCUUUCUUGCCCGCGAACGAUGGGUCGACGUUAUCCGUAAAUUCUCGGUCGAUUACCUUCAUCAGCUCAUCGACGAGGAGCCGCCCCAUCCCUUCCUUGAGCCCAUACGCGCUGCUGCCCACGCAUAUCUCGAGAAGGUCGUAGAAAUCCUCGCACACACGUCUCCACAAUUUAAACGGCAAAUGGCACAGUACGGCGACGGCCCAUACGGCGGUGCAUUCAGCACUGUUCGACCAGGCACAGCGAUGCACUAUUCAAGAUACUUAGCGCGGCUCGUAGUCUUCGUUUUGCGUGCGCAGGAGCCCACCGACACCGUACACGUCGUACCUUUCUCCGAAGACCAGCGCAUUGCCGGUGAACGUUUCCUGGACGCUCUCCGCUCAAAGUCCAAUGAAGAUCUUCCUCGACUCCUCCACACCCUCCUCUAUGGUCUCGUCACGCAAACACCCGCCGAUGCGAGCCUUGACUCGUUCAUCUUCGCCAUCACGAAUUUUCAAGUCCUCAGCUGCUUCUCGUCCAAGAACGAGUUCUUACGUACGAACGACAUACGGAGGUUGAACGCUCAGCUCAUCUACAUCAUGCGCUCUGUGCUUUUCACGGAACUGGUGUCGCGUAUGCAGGCCGAUAACCUGCAGUUCUACCCAGUCUACCACCAGCUCCGACCGUUCCUCAUUGCGGAGGCGCAGACGCCGUUUGCGUAUUCUGCCGCGGUGUCUGGCAUCCUCCGUAGCAUCGAGAGUCAAGAUGACAUGAUGCCACAGUUUCAAUGGAAGGAUUUGGAGCGCAAGGUUAUCUUGUUCCAAGACAUCGAGUUCUCACACGCGUCGGUAGCCACCGUUGUUAGAGGUGCGAUGGCCGAGUACGACACUCUGCUCUCGUCGAAGCUGCUGUGCGGCAAUUCCAAGGACGACCCUGCGUUCAGGCUCCCCGGGGAUAUUUCCAAAAUCCUCGACCAACCGCAAAACCACACGCCCGGUUUCUGCUUCUUCGAUGACACUCGCAAUGACCUCUCUCACCUCCAGCACGCCCUCCUUCGUCGUCUGGUCGAGCCGCACGGCGUAUCCGGUCCCUUCCACUACGUCCAUAACGAUCGCUUAUUCCUCCGCGAUGCUCACGAGGCCGAGCAACGACUGUGCACCAUGAUUCACCUCUCUUACGGUCAACCCGCGCGAGGCGAGGAGCUCGCCUGCAUGACUUAUCGCAACAUCCCUGCAGGCUCUGCUCGCGCUCUGUACGUCUUGCAUGGUCUGCUCGUGCUUGUCGGGGGAUACUGGAAGUGCGCAGAGCAGACCGGUCGCGACAAGGUUAUCGCUCGUGCGCCCGCUCCCGAUGUCGCUCAACGAUUGCUCUUCCACCUCGCCGUCAUACGUCCCGCCCAGCUCACUCUCGCCCAGAUCUUCCUUCCGAAGGCCGAUGCCGACAGAUUCAAGUACUAUCUUUUCCCCGGCCUGCACAAGACAACCACUGGCGAGGAUGUCUCGGCGUAUAUCCGCUCGGACAUGGAGAUGCACCUCGGCGCUCCUAUUGGCGUCCGCGACUACCGGCAGCUAGUGUCUGCCCUUACGAGGUGGAACCGCGACCCACACUUGCAAGCCCAGUCC